ACCUACUCACGUAUAUCAGUACAGGAUUUCAUCUUUAUGAUAAGUAUUAAUUUAAGAGAUUUUUUUCAAGAUGGUUGAGUUUAUACAAGGAACAUGUUUGUUAAUGUGUCCAGAUAAAGAACGUUGGAUCAGAGAGAAAGAGGGUUUACUACAUAAGUUCGAGAUCGACGAAACUACAAAAGAAACAAAAUUACCAAAAGCAGAUCCAACAAAAACCAUAAAAUGCUUUAGCCGUCCUGCGGCAGGUUUAGUUAUGACUGAUAUAAAACAAUUACGUCCAGCACCAGUGUUAUUGUUGACUAUAAAAUAUUUGUUUACUAAAAUAGCUACGCGAACGGAUGUGGAUUGGAUUAUAGUAUAUGAUUUUAUCUUUGAUCGUUUAAGAUCCAUUAGACAAGAUGCAGAAAUCCAGAGGAUUGACAUUUCUACGAACAUUCAAUUGUUGAAACCCAUAGUUCGGUUUCUUGUUUAUUCAACGCAAAGAUUAUGCGAGCGAAGUAUCUCCGAAUUUAAUAGAAAAAUCAAUGGUCAACAUCUCGACGAAUGCAUAACGCGUUUGUUAAUUUUAUACGAAGAAUCUGAAGAUAAAAUGAAUUCUUCACAAUUUAUUAAAGAUAUGGAGAAAUUAAUAAUGAAUAACGAUCGUUCACAAAUGGAGGCGUUGUAUAUUCUGUUACACAUGGGUAAUACAGAUGUCUUAAUGAGGGCGUUACGGCUUCCUCUCAAUUUACGAAGAUCUCUUGAUAUGCAAUUAUCGAUAAAAAUAUCAUUUGCUUGGUACUUAAAGAAUUAUGUACGCGUUUGUACCUUAAUUCCACAACUUGCUCCAAUACUUAUUUGCGCAGCUAUGACUAACAUACAAAAGUUAAGAAGAAUGGCGCUAAAAAUUAUGAGUUCGGGAUACAAUAGCAAAGUUUUCACAUUUCCAGGACUUAAAUUGCAACAAGUUUUACUAUAUAAAGAGAUAAACAAAGUUUGUGCAGAUUGCGAGCUGUUUGGUAUUGCAUUCACCAAUCAAAAUAUUUUAUUUCAAAAAGCAAAUUUCAAAGACGAAAUUGAACAAGCACAUCCAGAAAUGUAUUAUACACGUCAAUUUUUACAUAGCCUCUUACCAUAUAUUUUACUUGAAUCUAUGUAAUGUUUAUAAUAAAAUCUUUAUAGCCUAUUGCUUUAUUUUUUUUUUUUUUUGAUAAUAAAUUCAUCAUUCGAUACAUGCGCAU